CACGGUCUCACACACGGCUAUACACUUCAAUGUGCUGAAGACCUCUACUGUAUGUUGACCAAGUGAAGUAAUCAUCCUCCUCUGUCAGCAUGCUCUGUGAGAGCCGGCUGUGGACGGUGGUGUUCUGCCAGGAAUGGGGACUCCCGCCCGACAGCUACAAAAACACUCCUGAAACCACGGCAACCUCCUCAAGCGCUCCCGCCACCCUGCCACGCCUCCUCACGCACGUCCCCUCGUCUCCACGGCAACCUGGCUCCGACGGCUGGUCCGGAAGACUGGUCUCCCCCGACGUGGACGUGCCCGGGCGGGUGGCCUCGUCCCCGGGCCCUGCGGUGGCGGCGAUGGCGGUGGGGGGGGCCGAGCCCUUCCUGGUGCCCCCGUCCUGCCACAGCAUCUGCCAGCACUACAGCGACCUCCACAUCGCCGGCGACCAGGUGCUGCUGCUGGACCCCGCGGGCGCAGCCGACGCAGGGGGCGAUCUUCAGGCCAGACUCUGUCAGGACCCCGAACCCGAGCCGCUGCUGUCCUGCUGGGUCGAGCAGGAGGAUGAGGAGGAGGAGAAGGAGAACGAGGAGGACGAGGGCGAGGACGCAGACGCCGCUGCUCUGGGCGCCCGCGAGGGUCCGUCCCUGCUGCCCCCCGAGGGUCGUCCGCUGUCCAACUCGCAGCUGAACCGCUACCUGGAGCAGAAGCUGCUGGAGCUGUACCGGCAGCACUUGGCCCAGGGGCCCGGCCCGGCCGCACCACAGCACCAGCACCAGCAGCAGAACCAGCGCCAGCACCAGCAGCAGGACCGUCUGGGCCCGAGGCCCGUCCUGGCGUCCGAGCUGCUGCAGACCAGCCUGGACCAGAUCACGCUGCAGCUGCGGCGCCGCGACCACAACCUGGAGGCCGCGCGCGCCAAGGACAUGGUCAUGAGCUGCCUGCUCAGGGUGGCCAGCAGCCUGCAGUCCAGCGAGAUCAGCACCCCCAUACUGCAGAUGUCCUGUAGCGCCGCGGAGAGAGAGCAGCACCCCGAUACUAAAGAUCUCCACUAAUGCUAGAGAUCAGAGCCCCCAUACUGCAGAUGUCCUGUAGCACCGCUGAGAGAGAUCAGCACCCCCAUACUGCAGAUGUCCUGUAGCGCCGCGGAGAGAGAGCAGCACCCCGAUACUAAAGAUCUCCACUAAUGCUAGAGAUCAGAGCCCCCAUACUGCAGAUGUCCUGUAGCGCCGCAGAGAGAGAUCAGCACCCCCAUACUGCAGAUGUCCUGUAGCGCCGCAGAGAGAGAUCAGCACCCCCAUACUGCAGAUGUCCUGUAGCGCCGCGGAGAGAGAGCAGCACCCCGAUACUAAAGAUCUCCACUAAUGCUAGAGAUCAGCACCCCCAUACUGCAGAUGUCCUGUAGCACCGCGGAGAGAGAUCAGCACCCCAAUACUGCAGAUGUCCUUUAGAACCGCUGAGAGAGAUCAGCACCCCGAUACUAAAGAUGUCCUGUAGCACUGCGGAGAGAGAUCAGCACCCCGAUACUGCAGAUGUCCUGUAGCACCGCGGAGAGAGAUCAGCACCCCCAUACUGCAGAUGUCCUGUAGCACCGCGGAGAGAGAUCAGCACCCCGAUACUGCAGAUCUCCACUAACGCUAGAGAGACCAGCACAAUACUGCAGAUCUGCAGUGAUGGUGGAGGAGAGAAAGAGAGAUCACUUAAUGUAUGUGUAUGUGUGUGUGAGAGAUAGGGGGGGGGGGUUAAAGGUCACUCGCUGUGCUUUGGCAGUGCUGGAUCUGAGCAUGUGAAUGUAAAAACUAUAGCACAACACAGCACAAUGUGACACCACAGUGACUUCACCACUCCACUGAUACAUGCAGCAUGUGGACAGCACAGUGACUUCACCACUCCACUGAUACAUACAGCAUGUGGACAGCACAGUGAUCUGUCCACUCCACUGAUAUAUACAGCAUGUGGACAUGUUCAGUAGCUUAACACUUUGAAUGCCGAACUGUUUUCGGAAGCUUUGGUCAGCAGGAGUCUAGCAUGAUCUAGAUUGGAGUGCCAGCAAUCUAGAUCAUUGUUGACGUUUUUUGUAGAGACACAGCGUAUUCUAUGUUAUAGUUAUAUGGACACGUGUCUCGUUUGAAAGGUGAGACUUUAAGCUCUCAG